AUGGCCACUGUCGAAGCACCCCCUGGUACGCUUGGUCCCAAAUAUGCUCUAGAUGAUCCAACUCUACCCGAAUCUUGGAGAGGAUUAAUUGAUGGAAAUACAGGUGUGAUGUAUUACUGGAAUCCCGAAACAAAUGCUACUCAGUAUGAAAAACCACCACCCUUGCAAUAUUCAGACAAUAUUCAGACACCUCAGCAUACUCCUAUGCAGCCCAUGCAACAGGGGUUUAUGCAGCCUAUGCAGCCAGGGCUGCCGCAAGGUCCUUAUCAACUGAUGCAGUCGAUGCCUCAUGUUCAGCAAGGACAAAUGUACCCUGGUGCACAGAUGGGAAAGAAUGAUAUGAUUUUUUUAUGUUUUUUAAACUGUUACCAGUUUUUCCUCCCAUAA